AGGAGUCAAACCUAAAUUUCUUCUUUAAGGUUUGAAUCCAUUUAGUUACUUGAAAUGUUUUUGCUUCCAAAUUCAACAAAAAACAUUUGUUCACUUGAAAUAAAAUCCAAAAUUCCCAUUUGCAUGCAUUUGCUCUACACAUUUAUAAAAGCAAAUGACUGAUUUUAGGUGAAAAUAUCAUCUUCUUGAUUAAUAGCCUUUUGGAAGAAGAAAAUUUUGCACCUAAGUUGAGAUCAUGACCACAAAGGUGAAAGGCCUUCUUAAAGGCCUUAGGUACAUUUCUCAAGUUUUUGAUGAGGAUAAAGAAAAAGAUAUGCAAAUUGGUUUUCCAACAGAUGUAAAGCAUGUUGCACAUAUAGGAUGGGAUGGUCCAUCGUCUGUUGAUAAUCCAAGCUGGAUGAAAGAAUUUAAAUCACCAGGAGCAUUUCAAUCAGCACCUUUGCUUCCUCCUCCAGCAGAGCCUAAAGAAAAUCCUGAUAUUAAAUGGGUUUCUGAAGAUUCAAACAGAAGGUCAAGAAAUGCAAAUUCAUCCUCACCAACCAAAGACAAACCAGAGAAGCCAAGAACAUCCAGGAGACAUUCUACUACAGAAAAUGGUAGCAAUGAGAACUCUACAAGCAAAGAGCCUGGUGCCAAAUCCAGGAGUUCUAGGCGACACCAUAACAAGGACACGUCCGAUGGCCACAAAUCGAGUGAAUCUUCGGGCAAAAACAACCCCGAUAUCCCUAAAAAAUCACGACGAAAGAAGUCCAAGGAGGAUGGUGGCUCGACCCGAGCAUCAAGAUCCAAAGGCACUUCUUCUAGUACAGCACAAACUACAGAAUCAGGCCCCGGACAAGAAUGUGAGAGUAGUGGCAUAUCUAAAGAAAAACAAGAGGAGUGAAAAAAAACAAGAAUGUACUUUGAAAAGUUUUCAUUUUUUUUGGCAGCUUAAUUAGUGAAUUUCACAACUAUUUUGAGACCACAGAAAAGUUUUCAUUCACAAUUGUAGAAUAUGCAUCGUAGAAUGUGUGUACAAUCUUACUUUUUGAUACCGAGUUCAUUAUGUAGAUUCAUUUCCCAUUUUUCUAGUCUUUUUUUCCGUGCCUUGC